AUGCAGGACCAGACCUGCGCCUCCCACACCAGGCCAUCCCCUGGGACUCCUCCGGGAUGUUUCACCCGAAGGGCCUUCCCUAGCGGUGUAUUUCAUAUCACUGUUCAAAUAUUGGAUGAACUGGUCGAGGAUGGUUCAGAGAAUAUGGAUGUUCGCAAUAAGGAGCAAGUUAUUUCUCGAAUGAAAGCAGCCGUUGCUAGCAAGCAAUUUGGUCUAGAAGAUACCAUAUGCUCACUUGUUUCUGAUGCAUGCAUCCAAGUGUGUCCAAAAAACCCUGCAAACUUUAAUGUAGACAAUGUCCGUGUUGCAAAGCUCUUGGGAGGGGGUUUGCAUAACAGUACAGUAGUUCGAGGAAUGGUUUUGAAAAGUGAUGCUGUCGGAACUAUAAAGCAUGCAGAAAAGGCAAAGGUUGCUGUGUUUGCUGGUGGUGUUGAUACAUCUGCAACUGAAACUAAAGGAACUGUCCUCAUACAUACAGCUGAGCAGCUAGAAAAUUAUUCAAAAACUGAAGAGGCUAAAGUUGAGGAGCUAAUCAAAGCAGUAGCAGAUUCUGGUGCCAAAGUGAUUGUCAGUGGAGGAUCAGUAGGAGAGAUGGCUUUGCAUUUUUGUGAGCGUUACAAACUUAUGGUUCUCAAAAUCAGCUCAAAGUUUGAACUACGUCGAUUUUGCCGGACAACUGGUUCUAUUGCUAUGCUGAAACUUGGCCAACCAAAUCCAGAUGAUCUUGGAUAUGUAGAUUCUGUUUCAGUUGAGGAAAUUGGUGGUGUUAGGGUGAUCGUUGUGAAAAAUGAAGAGGGUGGAAAUUCUGUGGCCACUGUUGUUCUACGAGGAAGUACCGAUAGUAUACUAGAUGAUCUUGAAAGAGCAGUUGAUGAUGGAGUGAACACAUACAAGGCCAUGUGCAGGGAUAGCCGUAUUGUACCUGGAGCUGCAGCAACUGAAAUUGAGUUAGCUAAAAGGGUGAAAGAUUUUUCCUUCAAGGAGACAGGGUUGGAUCAGUAUGCUAUAGCAAAAUUUGCUGAAAGUUUUGAAAUGAUUCCAAGAACUUUGGCUGAGAAUGCUGGGCUAAAUGCAAUGGAGAUCAUAUCUUCUCUAUAUGCAGAACAUGCAUCUGGAAAUGUCAAAGUUGGCAUUGAUUUGGAAGAAGGUGUUUGUAAGGAUGUCUCAACCUUGAGCAUUUGGGAUCUCCAUGUGACUAAGUUCUUCGCUCUUAAAUAUGCUGCGGAUGCUGCCUGCACUGUACUUCGGGUGGACCAGAUUAUUAUGUCAAAACCCGCUGGUGGUCCAAGGAGAGAGCAACCUGCAGGCAUGGAUGAAGACUAAAAUUGUGGGAAUUGAUUGUUUUCUUUGGUCAUGUUUGUAUGUCAACAUGAUGGCUUGAAUUUGGCUUAGGCAUGUUUUUCUUUAUUUAGACUUUAGUAGUGGUGGCGAUCUUAACAAAUUUUGAAUUUUGUUUUGCCAUGAAAUGAAAUACAAAGAGAUGUCUGUAAAUUUACAUUUUAUUUUUAGCCCUAUUGUUAGUGGCGAUGUUCAUUUGUUGAGCAUUUUUGCCCUGACCUAUGUUUGAGAUUUUUUUAUAUAUAUAUAAAAGUUUUGUUGGAUAUCA